AGAGCUGUUGCUGAAACAGGGUGGAUGUUCAUGUUUUGCGUUUGAGGAUCAAAUAUGCAGGAUUUCUUUACAAUAAUGCCCGUCAAAGAUGGUAUUUCGACCUGACAUUGGAGUAUUAUGUAGGCGGUAAUAUUGCGCUUCCGUUCUUUGGAACUCAAGGGUUGGGUAACCCAUAAAAAUGCUGCUGUUUAUCAAGUUUACCUCUUCAGUUGCUCCUACCAUGCUCCAGCUGUCUCUGAUGGUAUGCUUACAAUCCAUCACUGACUCCCAGUCCCUGUUCCAGACUACAAACCCCUCGUACAAGAAGGGCCACAACAUCACCAUCCAUUCCUCCCAGCUGGUGUGUAGUCUACCCGGCCCUCAGGGGCCCGGUGGCAACCCAGGGGCCCCUGGAUCUCCAGGGACAAUGGGCUCCAUGGGUAUCCCAGGGAAGGAUGGCCUGGAUGGGGGGGAUGGAGAGAAGGGGGAGAGGGGUGACAGAGGUGAACAGGGCAGGCCCGGGAACCCAGGUAAACCCGGGGUUAAAGGUCGUGAGGGCGUGGUGGGUAAGCAUGGACCCCGAGGGCUGAAGGGCCCGCGUGGGGCCCCAGGUCUGGCCGGACUGGGGGGCAUCAAGGGGGAGAUGGGGGACGCGGGUGAGACAGGGGCUCCUGGGGGCUGUAACUGCGGCACCAACUCAGCCCGCUCCGCCUUCUCUGUAGCCAUGACCAAGAGUUACCCCAAAGAGCGUCUCCCGAUCCGGUUCAAACGUAUUCUACUGAACGAGGGGAACCACUACAACGCCACGACCGGGAAGUUUGUCUGCUCUGUCCCAGGAGUCUACUACUUCACUUAUGACAUCACACUGGCCAACAAGCACUUGGCGAUCGGGCUGGUGCACAACGGGCAGUACAAGAUCAAGACGUUUGACGCCAACACUGGGAACCACGAUGUGGCGUCCGGUUCCACGGUUCUCCGGUUAGAGCGUCAGGACCAGGUUUGGCUGCAGAUCUUCUACUCAGAACAGAAUGGGCUGUUCUAUGACCCGUUCUGGACAGAUAGUCUGUUUACCGGGUUCCUGAUCUACGCAGACCAGGAGUAUGUGAACGAGGCGGACAGGAAAGCCAAUGAGGAUUCAUCGCCUUCAUCCUGAUGGGUUGAACUAAGAUGGCACCAGUUUUUGCUUCCUUGCCCAUUUGGGAAGAAAAUGAUGUCUGUUAGUUAUCAUUGCAAUCAUAGCUCAGCCUAUUUAUACUGAGUUUUGGUCAAUGAUAAAAUGUUCUCUAAAAAAGUGAAUUUGUAAUAGGCCUACUGUAUUAUCUUUGCAUAUUAUUGAAAAAGCUAUGCCCUACAUUGACACCAGGUGGCACUGAGUCAUCUGUUGCCCAGCUAGUAUUUAUAAACGGAAUUGCAGUGCAUGUUAUGGCUGAUUGGAUUGUUAAUGGUGGAGGGAAAUGAGUGAAAGGAUUUUAUUUUCAGAAUUUUUGGUGCUGUUUAUAUUCAGCAAUAAGGAGAUGUUCCUACAUGCAACUAUCCCUCUCUGUUAAAAUUGUUUAUUUUGUGUUAUAAAUCAUAUUAUAGUACAUUUUACAGUGUGUUUAAGGAAAACGUUUUGUACACACGUCACUUGAGAAAGUUGAUAAAGUGAUUUGCAAUAAAACUUUUUUUAAACGUUUUUUAAA